UUCUCAAAUCGUCCAGAAGGGGAGAAGGGAGUAAAGUAGGGAACCCGCGCAAGCCAGCCAGCCAGCCAUUAGCGUCGUAAUCAACGUCGUCAUAUCUAUCGCCUUCUCCAGCACUUUCUCUUUCUGUAACAGAAAACCAAACAGAAAAAAAAAGGAAAAGAAAUUACUCAGCUGCUGCAGUGAAGAAUCAGACUUUUGCAGACCCAAUCUUCUUCACGUACUACGUGCCGAAAAAAUUCUCUCUAUCCCUCUCAGAAUAUCGUUCCGUUACAGAAUUUGCGGAUGACGUAGGCCGCAGGCUGAACAGAGAGAGAUAUACAUAUACAUAUACAUAUAUAUAUAUAGAGAGAGAGAGAGAUAGAGGAUCUGCAAAUUUUUAAUUUUUCUUUUGAAGAGAGAGAGAGAGAGAGAGGGAUUGAUAUGAAAGGCAUAAUAGUAGCCAGAAUGAGCAAGGAUAAGGGUAUUGGAGAGGAGGUGGCUGAGACAGAUGUGGAAACGACCAGAGCUGUGCCGGCAGUUUCGGCAACGGCUGGGGAAGGGAGAAAGAGGAAAGUUGGCUGCGGAGGAGAGCUGAGCUAUGCGACGUCGCUUGUUCAGCUAAGAAGUCAUCGACGGCUUAGAGUUGAUGAUAAUGUGAUGUUGGAUGAUUUAACAGGAAAUGCAGCUGCUACUGGUAAGUUGGACGAUCCAUGCUCGUCUUGUUGCUCAAGUAAUGGAUCGAGUGAGCUGGACUAUGACACUUCGGAAUCCGUAGAUCCAAAGGUGGAGGAGGAGGAAGAGGGGACUGUUGAGGUAACAACGUCGACGUAUGAGUUGGAAAACUGCUGCAGAGAGAGUUCGCUUUACAGGAGAGGAACGGCGCCGUGGGCCGAGGUUCAAGCUGAAUCAGGCGAACUGGAGUCAACAACAGCAUCAAGGCUGCGGUCCAUGUCGUCCGAGGAAAACUCUUCCCGCUGCCGCACAUCGACGGAGGAGAAGAAUAUGCCAUCUAAAGAUGAACUAGAAGAGUUCUUCUCCGCAGCUGAAAAAAACCUCCAACAGAAAUUUGCACAGAAGUAUAACUUUGACAUUGUUAAGGAGGAGCCGUUACAAGGUCGGUACGAGUGGGUUCGGGUAAACCCGUGACUGUGGCGAGAGUAGCUAGGGUAGCUAAGCACCAAGAAAGGAAAGAAGCAUGGUCGGAGGUAUCAUCCGUAAAUUCAAAUUUAGUACUUCCAGUUGCAGUAGUGUUGUCCGGAGAGCAAGCAGUGGCAGAAUCUAGGUAUACUUUUCAGGUCAGGGUUUUAAUGGCAGUCUUGGUUUGUUAAUGCAUCAGCCGGAUGAUAUGUUGUACAGUUUAAUUCUCAGUUUGGUAACCAGAAUAGUACUAGAUAGUAGGGAUUGCUAUUUAGUCCAAAUAGUAGUAGUAUUUUGAUUGGGAAAUGCAGAAAAUGUUCCAUUGAAAUGUGGGAGCCGCUAAUUGGUCUUGAAAUGAAAUUAUGAAUUACUGCUACAUUUAGUACAGAUUUGCGAUGGUGAGGUACAUGAAGGAGGAAAAGCUUCUUCUCUAAAAAUUCAGUCUCCGCUUGGGGGAAGAACCCCGGUUGAAUAAAAGCACUAUUUUUAGGGAGUUGGUGCUUC